AUGGCAGCAGCUGAUGUUCAACAAGAAUGGCGCUCGGAGGAUAUGCUCGACCAUGAUCAGGAUCGCUUCGCAAAACCACCACCUUCCGCCUCAUCCCUCCUUCCCGCCCUACCCGUCGACACCUCCUCCAACAAGGAUCAUGAUCACCAUAACGACUCUGGUCUCGAUGGAAUCGAUACCCAGGUCGAGAACCUCGGAUUCCGCUCCCCACCCGCCUCAACCACCAUCUCCCGCUCCUCCACUGGCGUUUCCUACCCGUCCCCACCCCCUGCAUGUAAUACCAACAAGAACUACAACCCACCACAUCCGCCAACAUCCGACCCUCGACAGUCCAACUCACCCCCUCAGGCUGCACUUUUCACCGACCAGGUCUCUUCGAUCAAUACCAAGAUGCGCGAGGCUAACCUCCCGACCCCACUGCAGACACAGUCGCUUGACAGCCGGGUCCCACGCCAUGCCCAAGCCCCCCUCGCCAGUCCUUCCUACAUUCAUUCUCCGUCCGGCAACUCGGACUCGCCCAUGACCUCCAACUAUGGUCAGCAACACCAGGCCCCGUGGAUGAAUUCACACCACCCUCUCCAACAGAGCGCCUCGCCUCGACAUGGACCUCUCCUCACCCCCGGUGCUUCCUCGCCUGCGCUCUCCCCUCACCCUUCCUCAGCAGCCUCGCUCAGAGGAUCGUCCAAUUCGCUCCCUCUGCCAGGCCCAACCUCCCGGAAAAACUCUGUAGCGAGUCUGUCAGGCGGCAUAGCCCGAGUUUCACCUGGCUUCCGAGGCGCCCCUCUUGGCCAGACUUCCGACACCGACUCUGUCCUGAAGCAGUUUGACGUCUAUUUUGGAAAAGUCUAUCUCCGUGGACAACUGCAGAAGAAGAACGACCUGGGUCUGGAUGGAUUCAAGCUGCAGGGAGAGCAGUGGGCGGCCUACACUGCAGAGCUGAUCGGGCCUAAGCUGAGAUUGACGCCCAUGCCCGGUUCCACCGGAAUGGGUGGUCGUGCAGAGGAAAUGAACAUGGAGGAGGCGACGGUCGAGAUGCUGGAUGGACCCAAUGGUGGCACGUUUACGGUCAAUUGGAUGGGCGCCAACAAGGCGUGCUUCCAGCCCGUGCAGCAACUCUCAUUGGGCGCACCCGAAAUCGGAUCGGCUGUCCAGGAUUGGGUCUGUGCUAUUCGUCUCAGUUGUUACGAGUGCUCUCGUCUGCAAGAGAUUUACACUUCGACUUUGUUGCGUCGACCAAAGUUCCGUGACCAGGUCGCAGCGACGAUCGAAGGACCCAUGAAGGCUGAAGGUAUGCUCCGUGUCAAGUUUUGGGCGGGCGAGGAUUGGAUGCGUCUGUGGGUCGUGGUCUCGGACCAGCGUGGCGAGGAGGUCAAGAAGAAGAAGCAAGGCAAGAUCCUUCAGGCGGCACCUAUCCGUGGUCAGAUCCAUUUCUACGAGAACCAAAAGUCAAAACGACCCUUCAUCUCAAUGUACAACGUCAGUCAAGCCUAUGCCGUCUGCCCUAGUCGUUCGUCCAUCAACGCCUCCAAGGACAACAAGGUCGAUGAGGAGGGUUCCUUGACGAUCAAGUUGGAGGGAGAUGUGGUUCUUCAGCGCGAGAAUUUGUUUGCUCCGCGCAAGGGUUUCUUCAGCAGCCCCUCUGCUCCUUCGACUGUUGCCCGGGAUCUUCAGGCCCUACUCCCUACAGGAAAGUCCAUGUUUGCGAUGUUCCAAGUCCCCAACGCGGUCGAGCGUACAAAGUUCCUUUUGGGAACCAGUGAGGCCUUCAGGAUCUAUGGCAAGCCCGGUCCACUGCUAUUCGACUCGCCUACUGACCCUGCUGCGAUGAACUUUGGAUGCAUGGCGUCGUCCUUGCUCCAACAGGAGCUCUUGAUCGGAUUGGACGCUGUCUUGCACUUGCCCCAAAAGGGUGAGUCCCUGGCCGAUGUCAAGUUCUCGUUCGGAGAAGUCCUUCGCAAGCGCCUCAUGGCCGAGAAUUCACCCCCACAGAGUCACCAACGCCGGUUCUCGAACCAGUCUGGAAGCAGACGUCAGAGCACGUUGCCCUAUGGUGUCCCCGAGGGAAUGGUCGCCCCUUCGCCCAUGAUGGCCAUGGCCAUGCGGUCACGCGCCAAUUCUGGAUCUGGAUUCUUGGUCCCUCAGCCGUCGCCUGGUCUGCACCCUGCUCACAUGUCACCCUGGGCUGGUUCGCCUUACUCGCCUCAGUUGGGUCCCUAUGCCAUGUCCUACUCGCCCAGACAGGGGCCUCUCCAUGCUUCGCCAUAUAACCAGCACUUGACACGGCCUGCCUAUGCGACCUCCAACGCUAGCACGGACGAAUAUGACGCCAAUUUGGUCACGGAUGAAGAAGGAGAGGAUGAAGAGUACCCCGACAGCCCCGUGGACGAGGACGACGGACUCCAGACACCCUUUCGGUCACGCGCAGGAUCUCUCAUGGCUCCACCAGCUCUCCCUGGCGGGUACGGACAAGCCCGUAAGGGAUCUGUGGGGGCUCUCAGUCUGCAGAGUGGCAGCGUUGGAUCAUCGAUGUUGGGUCGAUCUGGUCGGAGCGCCAGUUUCACUAGCAACUACGGCGUGCAGGUCGUGACCCCCGAGUCCGCCGCCGCCGCUGCAGCCGCCGCCAAGAAGACUGUUCUGGAGUUACCAUCGUUGAACUCGUUCUCGGACGAUUUCGGUAUCCGUUCUGAAGCCAACAAGGAGAAGCAGCGAAAAUUGACCGCUGUCGUGUACCCGACCCAGAUUGUGAUCCCCAAGAACAAGAAGCGGAAGGAUUCGACGACGGGAGAGACGCUGUCUCCAGGAGGACCUGCAGGUGCAGGUGGGUUGAGAAACGCGACCUCUUUGGCGUCGCCUUCUUUCCCUAGCGCCGGAGGUGCACCCAGCCCGUCGAUCAAGGUCAGUGGUGAAGAUGAGCUUGAGAGCAAGUAA